UACUCAAACGUUGAAUUUGUGUUUGCUAUUUGAUUGUUUAACUAUUUAUACGCUUACGAAGAAGAAGAACAACAACAUGUCCUUUUCCAAAGCAAAAUUGAAGCGUUUUAAUGAUGUGGAUGUGGUUUGUGGUUCGCCAGCUGGCGCGCUGGGCAACUCGAACAGCUCAGCAGGCUCAGCGGGCAGUGCCACGCCUACAACAACAGCAGCGACUGUAGCUGCGCCAGCACCAGAGCGUAAAGAGCAAAUUGAAAAGUUCUUUAAGGAUGCAGUGCGCUUUGCUUCGAGCUCCAAGGAGGCCAAAGAGUUUGCUAUACCCAAAGAGGAUAAAAAGUCAAAGGGGCUGCGACUGUUUCGCACGCCUUCGUUGCCGCAGCGGCUGCGCUUUCGUCCAGCUGCAAGUCAUGCAGCGGAUGCGUCCACAGCAAGCGGCGCCUCCACAGCAGCGUCCACACCGCUGCACUCGGCAACAACAACGCCGGUGAAGGAAGCCAAGUCAGCUAAUCGUUUGAAGGGCAAGGAAGCGCUGCAGCAGGAAAUACGCAACAAGAAUGAGCUGAUUGAAAGCUAUCUAAGUCAGCUGGAUGUGGUGCGUAGACAUGUGGAGCAGCUCAAGGAAGCGGAGCAGCAAAUGCGUGCGGAGCAAGAGCAAACCAAUGCCAAGACAGAUCAGAUGAUACAAGCGCUAACUGGCGAGAAUUCGCAGCAGCGUGAGCACUGCAACAAGCUGGAGGAGCAGCUGGCACAGCUAAGCGAGCAGCAUGAGCAGCAAGUGGAGGUGCUAAUGGCUGAAAGCGAAGCCUACAAACUGUCCAAUGAGCAGCUCCAAGCGACUGUGGCGGCAACAAACGAAAUGAGCGACAAGCAGCAGCAGCAGCUAAAGCAGCAAAUGAAUGAAAUGCAGACGCAGAACGCGCAAUUGCUGGAGCAAGUGCAGCAGCUGCAGCAGCAAAUAGAGCAGGACGCUUUGUCGUAUGGCCAGGAGGCAAAGGUAGCGCAAACCGAGCUCGAGUGUUUGCGUGUGGAGCGCAAUACGCUGAAGAACGAUUUGGCCAACAAGUGCACGCUCAUCCGAACGCUGCAGGAUGAGCUGCUGGACAAGAGCUGCGAAAUUGAUGCGCACUGCGAUACCAUUAGGCAGCUGUGCCUGGAGCAGGCGAAGCACACCGAGCAGCAGCAGGCAGUGGCCAAAGUGCAGCAGCAGGUGGAGAAUGAGCUGGAGAGCGCAGUGGAGCGUGAGAAGAGCUACUGGCGUGCGGAGCUGGACAAGCGUCAAAAGCUAGCGGAGAACGAAUUGAUUAAAAUUGAGCUGGAGAAACAGGAUGUGAUGGUGCUGCUGGAGACCACCAACGAUAUGCUGCGCCAGCGCGACGAGAAGCUGCAAAAGUGCGAGGAGCAGCUGCACAAUGGCAUCGACUACUACAUACAACUGAGCGAUACGCUGCAGCAGCAGCUGGUGCAGCUCAAGCAGGACAUGGCCAAGACCAUAACCGAGAAGUACAAUUAUCAGCUGACGUUGAAUAAUACGCGCUCCACAGUCAACAUAUUGAUGGAGCGUCUGAAGAAAUCCGAUGCAGAUGUGGAGCGCCAGCAGUCAGAGCUGGAGUCAGUGCAGCUGGAAAAGGGCGCACUGGAGCAAAGUUAUUUAACGCUGCAGUCCGAUGCUGCGGCGCUGCGUCAGCAGCUCAGCGACACGCAGUCCACGCUGGAGCUGCUGCGCGCCUCUUCGAGUCAGCUGCAGUCAGAGGAGCGCAUCGAUGGCGACGCGCAGCUGGCGCACUACGCCGAAAUGUACAGCGAGCUGAAGCGCAAGGACGAAACGCGCGAACUCUACAUGGCGGACAUGAAGAAGGCGCUGGAUGAGUUCGCCACAGUGCUGCAGUUUGCGCAGCUGGAGCUGGACAACAAGGAGCAGCUGCUGCUCAAAGUGCGCGAGGAAUGCGAGCAGCUCAAGCUGGAGAACAUUGCGCUAAAGUCGAAGCAGCAACCCACAGUGGCUAUGCUAACGCCCAGCAAAUCAAAGCUCAACACAACAGAUCUAGAAAAAAUUGAAGAUUUGCUUAUCGACUCGGAGCUGCGUGCUGAGUGCGACAAGAUUACCAGCUGGCUGCUCAACUCCAGCGAGAAGUGCGUGCGCCAGGACAACAGCCAGGAGUACUGCGAGCUGCUGGCAUGCAAAUCGCCCAAAGCGCGCACGCCACGCACGCCGCACAGCCCACGCACGCCGCGCACACCGCGCACACCCAAAGCCACAGUUACGCCCAAGAAGUCGCUGCUGUUCGCCAGCGGCAAGGAGAACAUGCCCAGUCCGCCACAGAAGCCGCAGCCGCUCAAGGCGCGCAAUGUUUAGCGCAAGCAACUAUUUUAUACAUUUAAAUUAAACUACAUUUAGCUAAGGCACAACUAACUUUUUGCAUAUGAAAUACAUUUUAUAUAAAUG